GAACCUUUCAUGGUAUAUAUAUCUUAGAUAAGAAACAAAUUUAUUUGGGUUAAAUUUACAAAAACUCAAACCCUCUUUCUUUAUUAUUCACCAAAAUGGCAUUGAGCAACAAUGUGAUAGGAAUCAUAAACUUCAUUGCAGUUCUCCUCUCAAUCCCAAUAAUUGGUGCUGGAAUUUGGCUAUCAACUUUACAAGCAGAAUCAUGUGUCAAAAUCCUACAAUGGCCAGUGAUCAUUUUAGGGAUACUAAUUUUAAUUGUUGGUAUGGUUGGUUUCAUUGGAGCCUUUUGGAGAAUCCCAAUGCUUCUCAUAUUCUACCUUAUUGCUAUGAUUGUGCUCAUUGUAUUGUUGGGUUCUUUGGUGAUUUUUGUGUAUUCAGUUACACUUAGAGGUCAUGGGAAUAUUGAACCUAAUAGGUCAUAUUUAGAAUAUCGAGUGGAUGAUUUUUCAUUUUGGCUUCGUAGAAGGGUUAGAAGUUCACAUAAAUGGGAUGGAAUAAAGAGUUGUCUUAGUUCAUCAAAUAUGUGUGCUGAGUUGAAUCAAAGUUAUAGAAUUGCUCAAGAUUUCUUUAAUGCUCACCUAUCACCUUUGCAGUCAGGUUGUUGCAAACCACCAACAAAAUGUGGUUACACAUUUGUGAACCCAACAUAUUGGAUUAGCCCAAUUAACACAAAUGAAGACAUGGAUUGCAUGAAAUGGAGCAAUGAACAAACACAACUUUGCUAUAAUUGUGACUCAUGCAAAGCUGGUUUGUUAGCAACUAUUAGGAUAGAAUGGAGGAAAGCCAAUGUGAUAUUAAUAGUUACAUUGAUUGGUUUAAUUCUUGUUUAUUUGUUUGGGUGUUUUGCUUUUAGGAAUGCCAAAACUGAGGAGCUAUUUCGCAAAUACAAGCAAGGCUACACUUGAAAUUAUAAGUUGGAUUUGUUUUUUAUAUGUGAAAUUCUAGGAGAUUAGAUUAUGAACAUGGGUCGUUUUGCUUUGUCUUAAUUAUUAAAAUUUGUAGUGAAGAAAAUACAUGAAGUUAUGUACAAUGUGUGGAUUUGUCCCAUGUUGUUAGAUUCUUGUGAAUCCAUCCA